AUGCAGUCACCUUUCUGGCCCUCACUCUCUUCAGCUCCUCCAUUCUCGCCACCUCCUUCUGCUGUGUUUCAACUUAGGGAGUGUUGCACUGUUGCUGAAGUGAACUUCACCGCUGGUGUAUCUCUGCCUCAUCCCUUUGAGCAAGAACUGAGUGCUCCUCCUCGUUUUGAUGAAACCAAUGACUGCAUUAUUUUGGAACCAUAUCCUCUUGCCACUCUGCCACCGGAACCGGUCCUUAUCAGUGUGUGUUCUGAAAAACAAGGUGGUAAUGAUGAUGCUUCAUUUCCUCCAAUUUUUGUUAGAGAAAGUUUACUUACGAUGAAUAUGAAUGAAGUUUUUUCAUAUGGAAACCCGUUUACUUGGUGCAAUAGAAGAUAUAAGAACCCAUCUGAAUUAAUUUUUGAAAAGUUGGAUCGUAGUUUUAUGAAUGAUAAAUGGAUUUCGGUUCUUCCUCAAACUAGAGUCACAAAUCUAGGUAGGAUUUAUUCUGAUCACAACCCCUUAUUGGUGAAAUGCUUCCACUAUGAGAGGAAUGUUAAUAUCCCAUACAAAUUUCUUAGAUGUUGGCAACUUAACCCUGAUUUUAAAAAAGUUCUGGCUGAUUGUUGGUCUCAUGGUGUCAAAGGCUCUCCUUCCUUUGUUGUUGCAAAUAAGCUUAGUCAUGUGAAAAAUGUUUUAAUCAAAUGGAAUGUUAACUCCUUUGGUCACAUCAAAACUACAAUAGGAAAGUUAAAUGCUGAAAUAGAAAAAUUGCAAGAUUUGCCAUAUUCUCCUCAGAUUGGUGGUUAUAUCUUGAACUAUUCAAAUCAGCUUGAUUACUGGUAUGAAAUUGAACAUUGCUUUUAUAAACAAAAGUCUAGAAUUAAUUACUUCAUGCAUUGUGAUAAGAAUACUAGCUUCUUUCAUAACACUGUUAGACUGAGGAACAUGUACGAUACCAUUCAUACAAUUAGAGAUGAUCAAGGGAACUGGACUGAUAAUAAAAACCAGGUAGCGGACUUGCUUUCUAGACAUUUUAAGAAGAUUUAUACUUCUUCCAACCAUAGUGUCCAGGACAUUCAUGAUUCCUUAAGGUUUGUCACUCCUUUGAUUAAUGAGGAUAUGAAUGAAAAUUUGAUUGCUAUUCCUUCAGUUCAAGAAAUUUGGGACACUGUUAACAUGAUGGCUCCUUGGAGUUCUCCGGGACCGGAUGGUUUUCCUCCUGGGUUCUUCAAGGAUAAUUGGGAUACUGUUAAAGAGGAUGUUGUCUCUCAUGUGCAGAACGAUUGCAUGUUGUUUUAUAAAGCCGCUAUCACUUAUGCGAAGAAUAUCAUAAAGGUUAUUAAUGUGUUUGAAAAGGCGUCAGGUCAGGCAAUUAACUUUGAUAAAUCUGGGUUUAUUACUAGUGGGAAUAUGCAUCAUAGACACAUCAAGAUUUUAUCUAAGGCCCUUAACAUGAAGUUUCUCAGUAGUUCUGAAAAAUACUUAGGCACGCCUUUGUUUAUUGGUGAGGAUAAAACUAAGUCUUUUAGUUUUCUCAUUGAUAAUUUCUAUGCCAGAUUAAAUUCUUCGAAAAAAUCCAAUUUGAACAUAGCUGGUAGAACUGUGGUUACAAAGCAUGUACUUUCUAUUUUGUCUCUUUAUCAUAUGGCAUGUUUUCCUCUUCCUAAAACAGUUACUAGUAAAAUUGAUUCGAUUCAACGCACUUUUUGGUGGGCUAAAAAGAAUCUUAAGCAUGAUGCAUACUUUCGCUCUUGGGGUGAUAUAGGGAAAUCUAAACUUAAUGGAGGUCUGGGUCUUAGGAAUUCCUUUGCUACUAAUAGGGUUUUCAAUUACAAACUGGGAUGGAGAAUUUUGAAGAAUCAGGGUAGUUUACUUACUAGAUUUCUCAAGGAUAAAUACUUCCCUAACCAGAAUCUUCUAGAAAUUGAUAAGGAUGCAGAUUCCGCUUCGUGGAUGUGGAAAGGCAUUAUUAAGGGGUUGAGAUUUAUCAAGGCUAACUCAGUGGUUUAA